CCUCGGGAGUUGUUGUUCCGGCUGCGCCCGCGGAGGCUGAGGAGUUUGGCCGGGUGAAUGUGAAGAGAAGUUUGCAGAACUGAAAUGGAGGUCAGAGCUUCAUUGCAGAAGGUUAGUGGGUCAUCUGAUUCUGUGGCUACACUCAACAGUGAAGAAUUUGUUUUGGUUCCUCAGCAUGCAGAUGAUUCUUCUACAAAAGAUGACAAACCUCAGCUGAAGAUAGUUUCUAAUGGUGAUGAACAGCUGGAAAAAGCCAUGGAAGAGAUUUUGAGAGAUUCUGAGAAAGGGCAAAGCAGUCUUCUUGGUGAUUGUCAAAUUUCCAGUGAGAUUUCAGACCAUUCAUUUGGAGAUACUGCAGCUAGCCAAACAAAUAAGCCAUCUCUUCAGUUAAUUUUGGAUCCAUCUAAUACAGAAAUUUCUACACCUGGACCAUCUUCUCCAAGUGGACUACCUGAAGAAGACAGUGUUUUAUUUAACAAACUAACCUACUUAGGAUGUAUGAAGGUUUCCUCCCCACGUAAUGAAGUGGAGGCUUUACGGGCAAUGGCAACCAUGAAAUCUUCCAGUCAGUAUCCCUUUCCUGUUACUCUUUAUGUGCCAAAUGUUCCAGAAGGUUCUGUGAGAAUUAUUGAGCAAUCCAGCAAUGUGGAGAUAGCAUCUUUUCCAAUUUAUAAGGUGUUAUUUUGUGCACGUGGACAUGAUGGAACGACAGAGAGCAAUUGCUUUGCAUUUACAGAGAGUUCCCAUGGUUCAGAGGAAUUUCAGAUACACAUUUUCUCCUGUGAAAUUCAAGAGGCAGUCAGCAGAAUUUUAUAUAGUUUCUGUACAGCAUUCAAACGUUCUUCCAGACAAGUGUCUGAUGUUAAAGAGUCGAUUAUUCCUACCCCUGACAGUGAUGUGUUUACCUUCAGUGUCUCCCUGGAGGUAAAAGAAGACGAUGGAAAAGGAAACUUCAGUCCUGUGCCAAAGGACAGAGAUAAAUUUUAUUUCAAAUUAAAACAAGGAAUAGAGAAGAAGGUUGUGAUUACUGUGCAGCAACUUUCUAACAAAGAAUUAGCUAUUGAAAGAUGUUUUGGAAUGUUAUUAAGCCCAGGUCGAAACGUGAAGAACAGUGACAUGCAUUUACUGGAUAUGGAAUCCAUGGGAAAGAGCUGUGAUGGGAGAGCUUAUGUUAUCACUGGCAUGUGGAACCCCAAUGCACCAAUAUUCCAGGCUCUUAAUGAGGAAACCCCAAAAGAUAAACGAGUGUACAUGACUGUGGCAGUGGAUAUGGUCGUCACAGAGGUGGUGGAGCCUGUUCGCUUUCUCCUGGAGACAGUGGUUCGUGUGUACCCUGCAAAUGAGCGAUUCUGGUAUUUCAGCAGAAAGACUUUCACAGAGACUUUCUUCAUGAGAUUGAAACAGUCAGAGGGAAAAGGCCAUACCAGUGCUGGAGAUGCAAUUUAUGAAGUGGUGAGUCUACAGCGAGAGUCUGACAAGGAGGAACCAGUCACUCCUCCCACGAGUGGAGGAGGUCCAGUGUCACCCCAGGAGGAUGAAGCAGAAGAGG